GGAUUGCUUGCAAAAUAUUGUAGAGAGAGUUGAAAGAUUUGUGUGAAGUUUUCUAUAAUGGCGUCAAGGCAAACGGCGAAGACGGAGAAAGCCGAAGCCGAGGCUAGGUCGGCGGCGGACGAGCUGAGUGAAUUUAACAAAGAAAGGAGGGAGUGCAAGACAGUAUUGGAGUGCGAGCCGCCUGCAGCCGGGUACGAGUAUCGGCGCCAAGUCCGAGAAGAGGAGGAGAGAAAGCCCGGCGUGAUCGGCAGCUUUGUCAAGUCGGUUCAAGGUACUCUCGGCCACGCCAAGGACGCCGUCACCGGAAAAACCAACGAAGCUGCAGAAGCCACGAAGGAAACGGCGGGAAAUGUGGCUCAGCGAGCCAAGGAGACCAAAGACUCUGCGGCGGGGAAAGCGGCUGAGUACCGAGAUUACACUGCCGAGAAGGCUAAGGAGACGAAAGACGGCGCGAUGCAGAAGGCCGGAGAAUACAGAGAUUACGCCGCGGAUAAGGCGAAACAAGCGGCGGAGAAAGCGGGAGAAGCUAAAGACACGACGGUUGACAAAGCGAAAGAGGCGAAAGACAAAACGAUGGAGAAAGCCGGAGAGUAUAAGGAUUACACGGCGGAGAAAGCGAAAGAAGGGAAGGACACGACGGUUGGAAAGCUGGGCGAGCUGAAGGACUCAGCCGCCGACGCCGCAAAGCGGGCCAUGGGUUUCAUCGUGGGAAAGAGAGAUAACGCCAACCAAAAGGCUGCUGAAACUGGGGAAGCCGUCAAGCAGAAGGCCGAGGAGACGAAGCAGAAGGCGGAGGAGACGGCCCAAGCCGCCAAGCAGAACGCGGAGGCGACUAGCCAAGCCGCCAAGGAGGAGGAGGCUGCAAGGAGGAGAAUGGAAGAAAUGAAACAGGAGGAGGAGGCUGCAAGGAGGAGAAUAGAAGAAAUGAAGCUUAAGAAGGAGUAUCUCAAGGAUGAAGGUAGACACUGGGACGAGGGGUACGAGGUUGGCAGAGGUGGUUCAGAGGAUAGUGGGAAUGGUGGUGGAAUCCUGGGAGCAAUUGGAGGGAUGAAGGAUAAAAUAAAGGACACUCUGGCUCCAAAGCAUACCUACGAAGAAUCGAACUACGAGAGCGGAGAAGGAAGGGGAUCGAGGAGGGUGGUGGUGGAUGUGAAGGUGUCUGAUCAGACGAGCGGACAGAGUUUCGAUGAGACGCCGGCGGGGAAAACGGCGGCGACGCUGAAGGGGUCUGAUCAGAUGAGCGGACAGACUUUUAAUGAUGUUGGGCCUCUCAAUGAAGAGGGGAUUCGAAUUGCAAAAAGGAGCUCUUAAGUAUUAUUAGAUCGUCUUUCCACGGCAAAAGAAAAGAUACUUUGGUUUUGUUCUUCAUGCUCGCUUUUGUUAAUGUAUUGUGUUUCUUGUAUCGUCUAGACUCUGGACUAGACUUGCCAUAUGGAAAAUUAAAUGCUUUCAGUAAAUUCGUUUUGCUAUGGAACAGUUAAACGUAAUACCAGUCAAUUUGGCAUUGUAUCAAA